CUAUCACUUUUUCUGCUAUAAAACUCACCACAAUUCCAAUUCAUUUUUAUCAAUACAUCCAUCUCUUUCUCCCCCAUCAAAUAUAAACACAUUAAAACAUUCAAAAUGUUGCCAAGAAGUAGAACCAUGCCAUCAAGAAUCCGUCAUGGAGUUGUUGAAGAAAGAAGAGAUAUUAUGCACUAUUCACAAGUCGAACCUCAAACUAAUCCUGAUAACCCAACGCAAGCCAUCAACAUCGAGGCCAACUACUCAAAGAGCUUCGAUGAUGAUGGUCGCUUAAAGCGUACUGGUACAUUUUGGACCGCAUCAUCACAUAUAAUUACUGCGGUGAUCGGGUCGGGAGUUCUAUCAUUGGCAUGGGCUGUCGGGCAGCUCGGCUGGGUAGCUGGACCGACUAUUAUGAUUAUAUUUGCUUUGGUCAUUCUCUACACUUCUAAUUUGCUAUCAGAAUGUUAUAGGUCGGUUGACCCUGUCACUGGGCCUAGAAGCUAUACUUACAUGGAAGCUGUCAAGGCUCAUCUAGGGGGGGAUAAGGUGAAAAUAUGUGGCAUGAUACAAUACAUCAACUUAUUUGGAGUAGCAAUUGGCUACACAAUUGCAGCCUCAGUUAGCAUGAUGGCAAUAAAAAGAUCAAAUUGCUUUCACAAAAGCCAUGGGAAGGACCCAUGUCACAUGUCAAGUAAUGGGUACAUGAUAACAUUUGGGAUCAUAGAGAUUCUUUUUUCCCAGAUUCCGGAUUUCGACCAAGUGUGGUGGCUCUCCAUCGUUGCGGCUAUCAUGUCAUUCACAUAUUCGUUUAUCGGCCUUGCUCUUGGGAUCGCAGAAACUGCAGAAAAUAAGGUUAUCAAAGGGAGUUUGACCGGGAUAAGCAUAGGAACUAUUACCCAUGCCGGUACCGUUACUCCCACCCAAAAGUUAUGGAGGAGCUUCCAAGCAUUAGGAGCAAUUGCUUUUGCAUAUUCCUAUUCCAUCAUACUUAUUGAAAUUCAGGAUACGCUUAAAGCGCCUCCGGCAGAAUAUAAGACGAUGAAAAAAGCGACUUACUUGAGCAUUUUCGUCACAACAACUUUCUAUCUGCUUUGUGGGUGUAUGGGUUAUGCUGCAUUCGGAGAUGAGGCCCCAGGGAAUCUACUUACCGGGUUUGGGUUUUAUGACCCGUAUUGGCUACUUGAUAUAGCCAAUAUCGCCAUUGUUGUGCAUCUUGUUGGCGCUUAUCAGGUGUAUUGUCAACCACUAUUUGCAUUCAUAGAAAAAUGGAGUGCACAGAGAUGGUCCAAGAGUGAUUUCGUAACAACCGAAUAUGACCUUCCAAUACCCUUUUACGGCAUCUACCAACUUAACUUCUUUCGCGUCGUGUGGAGGACUAUUUUCGUGAUCGUUACCACAGUACUAGCCAUGCUCUUGCCUUUCUUCAACGACGUUGUCGGGUUGCUAGGCGCCUUAGGGUUCUGGCCCCUGACUGUUUACUUCCCUAUUGAAAUGUAUAUGUCUCAAAAGAAGAUCAAAAGAUGGGGAAGCCAAUGGAUCGGGUUUCAGAUACUCAGUUUCGGGUGCCUCUUGGUUUCCGUAGCCGCAGCGGUCGGGUCGGUUGCUGGUGUUGUUCUUGAUCUAAAAACUUACAAGCCAUUCAAAACCAGUUAUUGAGUGUCAUCUUUGUUUUAUCAUGUUUAAGCAUAUAUGUACACUUAUGAUCAAACUUCUCAAAUAAUUAUGUAUUUUAUUAGAUUGGGUCAUGUUAUAAAAGUAUAGAUUAAAUGUUCAA